UGGUUGAUUUGUUGCUGUGCGGCCCGUCGGACUGAGUUUCACGCUCGCUGCGGACGCGUUGAAUACCUUCGCGGUCGUCGUUUGACUCCGGCGAACUCCGGCACGUUUUCUUUGCUAGCUCGGAGCAAGUCGAGCAAGGAGUUGAGCUCAGAAGAGGAAGACUUGGAGUGGGAGCCCCCCACCGAGGCCGAGAUGAAGGUGAUCCAGGCCCGCAGGGAGAGGCAGGACCAGAUCAGCAAAGUCAUGGGGGAAUACCUCCUCAAAGGGUACAAGAUGCUGGCCGAGUGCUGCGACGUCUGCGGGAACAUUCUGAUGCAGGACCGCGCACGCAGGAACUACUGCGUCUCGUGUCAGGAGCUGGACUCGGACGUUGACAAGGACAAUCCUGCCCUCAACGCGCAGGCGGCGCUGUCCCAGGUGCGCGAGCGGCGUCUGGCGGCCCACUCUCCGGCGCCGAGCGACCCGGCCCACGUCAACGGCGACGCCGGCGGCGCCGUCCCGCAGCCCAGACCGGAGCACUGCGAGGGGGCGGCGGCCGGGGGCAGAGCCGUCGCCCCCGCGCCCUCGGCGCCUGCGCCUCCCACGCCGCCCGCCGCCGUCGCCACCUCGCCCGCGCCGUGCCGGGCGACGCCGGCGAGCGCGGCCUCCCUUCCGGCGACCGCUCCUCCCGUCCUGCGGGUCGCCGAGGAGGCGGUUCUGAGCAAGAUGCGCUGGGCCAGCGGCCAGUUGCAGAGUUGCGCCUCGCUGGAGUCCAGCAUCCAGCUGUGCCAGCUGAUCUCCAGCUGCGCCGCCUCCCUGCGGAGCCUGCGCGAGAUCAGCCAAUGAGGGCCGGCUGCCCUUUGAACUCUGAAGCGGGCUGUGCCGGUGGCUUCCGGGCGGCGUUGUUGUUUUUGUAAGUUAUGUUCCUCUUUUAGAAGAGGUCGGCCAUUAAAACGAUUCCGGUGUUUCCCUGGCAA